UGAUUAGACAGUAUAACCGGUACUAUACUCGCAUAGUGCUAGUAAUUGUUUAAUAAUAUGGCAUACGUCUGUAAAAAAAACUCUUUUGAGACCUUUUGCAAGUGAUUUAUCCAAAUGAAGAAAGAAAAAAAUAUAUAUCUUCACUUACUCAGUGACCAUCAAGCUGCUUGCACGUAAAUUUUUUUUAGACAAGUCUUAUUGUUAAAAUAAAAUGUGCAAGGAAAUAUUUUUUCAAAUCUGUUUAUUUACAAUACUUAUAGUGAAGUCAAUUGGAAGUAGUGAACCAUAUCUUGAUAUUCUAAAACAUUAUGAACAGAAUGUAGAUCUCAGUGAUUUGUGUAAUGAUAAAUUAGGAAGAUUAAAGAAUGCAUAUGAGAAUCGUGAGAUUUGGGCUAUAAAAGUUCUCGAUGUGAGUGGUAAAAAAGCUAAUGAUUUUACUUUGGGUAAUAAUUUUUGGUUGGGCAGUGGACGUGGAUGUGAUCAAUUAAAUAAUCCCCCAACAAUACACCUAAGACCUAGCAGUUCAAGAAAAAUGAAUGAGAAUGUAACAUCAAUUCGAUCUGAAAUUCCCAUCGUCUAUAGAAUGUUCAGGAUAGCACAUACAUCCAGCAUCCAGUUUGAUAUUGAUUUAUUUAAUCAGAGUGUGAUUCACGUUGGUUUGUGCUUUCCAAAAGAGUGCAGUAAUGAGGAUGUCGAUGAAAUUGGAAUAAAAAUCUUUGUGCCAAUCAUUCUCAAUGAUAAAACUCUUUAUGGAAAUGUCUCGUACAAGAGUUCAAGAGUACUUGAACUACGCGACGAUUUUAUGAAUGAAAAUUUUGUGAGAAUAUUAAUUAUAACUGUGAUAUUUUUUGGAAGCUUAGUAGCACUUGGUACAAUUUAUACAUCACUAACGAGACAGAAGCACUCUAAGAGAAAAUUGGCGGGACAUAAUAAUAACAAUAAUAAUGAACAAUGUUGUACCAAGAAUGACUUCAGCACAAAAAUAAAUUUGCAUUAUUUGAACUUUGAUGAGUUAAAGAAGAAGAAGAAAAUUGCAGACAGAUUUUGGCACUGCUUUGCAUUGCAAAAGAAUAACGCGUUUAUUAUGUCAUCGAGAUUGAGCAAGGACUCAUUGCCGCCAAUUCAUGGUAUUCGAACAUUUGGAAUUUUAUGGAUUAUUAUUGGUCACAUGUACUAUUAUGCAGCGGCAUCAUUUGAUAACCUUCAACUAGCAUUUUCAUAUGGAGAAUCUUUAGCCCUUCAACCAUUUUUUGCUGCAGCUCUCUCCGUCGAUUCUUUUUACACAAUUAGUGGCUUUUUGUUGGCAUAUGCGUUUUAUGAGAAGCAGAAAAAACGUCCAUCAAGAAGUCUCGCAAUGGAUGUGGUCAAAGGAACCAUUAACCGAUACAUACGUAUUGCUCCAUGCUUUAUGAUCCUUAUGUUGUUUGCAGUUACAUUCUCCAUAAUAUUAAAUGACACAUCUCAGUUCCUCCCGGUUGAAAACAUUGAAGUAAAUUGCAAAAACUAUUGGUGGAGGAACAUGCUCUUCAUCCAAAAUAUGUAUCCAUUAUCAGAAAUGUGCUUAAGUUGGAGUUGGUAUGUCUCAACAGAUUUUCAAUUGUUCAUCAUUGCGAGCAUAAUUUUGGCAAUAUCUAUGAAGAAUAUGAAACUUAGUGCGUUAAUAUCAUUCAUCAUUGUGGCGAUAUGCUCAAUGUACUCAGGUUAUGUUGGAAUACAACAGUCCUUCGCCUUCUCGCUCGACGUUCAAUACAAAAGUGUAGAUGAAUUAUACACAAAACCAUACACGCGAGCAGCCCAAUACAUUACCGGCGUUUGGGCCGGCUACUAUUUGAGCAAAGUAAACAGACAAUGGCGAGUGAGAAAGAUGUGUAUCAACCUUGGCUGGGCACUUUCGAUUUUCACGCUUUUGUUUUUAGUCUUCAUACAGAUUUAUAAAGAAACAAAUUUCUUUGUAUCGUUUGUAUUUCCGGCAGUCGGAAGAAUUCUUUGGUCAUUGCCAAUAUGCUUUAUAAUUUUUGCAGGAUCAACACAGUUUAACGAAGGAUUCAUUGCCAAGAUCUUAAAUUCAAAAUUAUUACUUCCAUUUAGUCGAAUGUCAUUUUCUGCAUAUUUGCUUAACCCAUUAAUUGUUAUGGUCUUAACAUUUUCUUGCGAAACUACAUUUCAUCUUGACUUUUAUUCGAUGGCAAUUUACAUUGCGGGCUUUUAUCUUAUCACUUAUUUCGCUGCUUAUUUAUUCAUGCUUUUGUUUGAGAACCCAAUUAUUAUGUUUGUAAGAGCUUAUAUUGCGAAUUGACGGAUUCUUUGAAGCU